CGGGCACCAGGCGGGCCCGCAACAUCCGCGGGCUCUGCCCCGCCGGGCCGGCCCCGCUCCCGCCCUCCGCCAAUGACGGCAGGGACCGUCACGGCGCUGCGUCACGGGGCGGCCGCCAAGAUGGCGAAGGUGUCGGAGAUGUACGACGUGACUUGGGAAGAUAUGCGUGAUAAAAUGAGGAAAUGGAGGGAAGAAAACUACCGAAACAGUGAACAGAUAGUGGAUGUUGGAGAAGAGUUAAUUAAUGAAUAUGCAUCCAAACUUGGAGACGACAUUUGGAUAAUUUAUGAGCAGGUGAUGAUUGCUGCCCUGGACUGCAGUCGAGAUGAUUUGGCAUUGUUUUGUCUUCAGGAACUGAGGCGGCAGUUUCCUGGGAGCCACAGAGUUAAACGAUUAACUGGAAUGCGAUUUGAAGCUAUGGAAAGGUAUGAGGAUGCUAUCCAGCUGUAUGACAGAAUUUUACAAGAAGAUUCAACUAAUACGGCAGCAAGAAAGCGUAAGAUUGCCAUUCGAAAAGCCCAGGGGAAAAAUCUCGAGGCCAUCCGAGAGCUGAAUGAGUAUCUGGAACAAUUUGUUGGUGACCAAGAAGCUUGGCAUGAACUUGCAGAACUUUACAUCAAUGAACAUGACUAUGCAAAGGCAGCCUUCUGCUUAGAGGAGCUUAUGAUGACUAACCCUCACAACCACUUAUAUUGUCAACAAUAUGCUGAAGUUAAAUACACUCAGGGGGGGCUUGAAAACCUUGAGCUGUCAAGAAAGUAUUUUGCACAAGCACUAAAGCUUAACAACAGAAAUAUGAGAGCUCUAUUUGGACUUUACAUGUCUGCCAGUCAUAUUGCUUCCAAUCCAAAAGCGAGCGCAAAAAUGAAAAAAGACAAUAUGAAAUAUGCCAGCUGGGCAGCAAACCAAAUAAACAGAGCAUACCAGUUUGCAGGUCGCAGUAAGAAAGAAACUAAAUACUCCUUGAAGGCAGUGGAAGACAUGUUGGAGACCCUACAAAUCACUCAGUCUUAGCUUGGCACAGAGAUCUAAUAUAAAAUUUUCCAAUACCACACUCAACCUGUAAUGAUCUGUGGGUUAUGUCACUCUAGUGCUGUUAAAAAUUAAUUUUGUAUUGAUUAUGUGCUAUAUAAAAUAACAUUUUAUGGAAAGUAAAACGCCUAUUUAUUGCUGCUAUAAGAAAUGUGAUGAAUACCCCUGAAAUUAAUUAACUUAUCCACAUAAACAACGUAAAGAAAUGACGUGCUGCACAUCAGUCUCCUCAGAUUUUUGUAUGUACAGUAUCUGCUUCUAAGCCAUAAUUUGUAGAAAUAAACUUAUUAAAUGAUUAAAAAAA